AAAGAUAAACCGGAGCAUGUUGGUGUGAAAGUAGGUGUUCGUACAAGAGGAUGCAAUGGACUUUCUUACACAUUAGAAUAUACAAAAUCAAAAGGAGAGUCUGAUGAAGAAGUAGUUCAAGAUGGGGUUAGAGUGUUUAUUGAGAAGAAAGCACAGCUGACACUUCUAGGAACAGAAAUGGACUAUGUAGAAGACAAACUGUCCAGUGAAUUUGUCUUCAAUAAUCCAAACAUCAAAGGAACAUGUGGCUGUGGAGAAAGCUUUAACAUAUGAAAUCUCAGGACUGUUACUUUGAAUACCACAAAACACUUACUAAGUGUAUGGCUUUCAAAAGCAGAUGUGUUUUCUUCAGGUUCUUAGGCUGUGUAAAGGGUGGAUGCCUUUAAGGAAAAUAAAGUUAAUUCAUUUU